UGAUAAGUUAGAAUUUGUGAUUAAUUUUUAUCACAAUUCUAUACUUAUUAUUUGCCUAAUUAAGAGGUUUGUGUUUUAUUUUGUGUUAAAAAUGAUUUUUAAAGUGUAGGGGUUUUAAUGGAAGGAUUUGAGGAUUCUUUGGGCUGAAUUGAAAAGAAUAGUGCCAUUUUAAGUGGAGUGUAAAUCCUGGGGCUAUCUGAAAGUUUGAUAAAUAAUUGGGCUUAUCACCCACCCAUACGUAAGAAAGAAAAGCAGGGGCUGGGGCUGAACUUUUGAAAAGGGCUCAUUAACUUACUGUACCAGAAAAAGAAAAAAGAAGGGAGUCCAUUAACAGGAGGAUACGGGGAGAGUUCUAGGCUCAUCAGUCAAAAAAACGGUUCCAGAUCUUACGGACGACGGGAGGAAGACUCGGAAUCAAGGAGGAAAAUAAUAAGUCUCAUCGGCUGGAACGGCACCGAAAACUCAGGACUUAGAGCGCUUGAAACGGCUCUAAUCCUUCCAUAUAAAGAAGGCAGCAGCAAGAGUUUUUUUUGGAGGCGAUUUUUGGAGAAUUGGGCUGGCGUUUGGAGGAAAAGGUGAGCUGCUAAUUUCAGUCUCAGCAGCAGCUUUAAGGAGGACGCACAAUUCUCCAAACCGGUGUGUUAGAAGCAAAGCACAACGACAUGCUUUCUUCCUGGUGAAAGUUAGCAAUUUAGUUCAGAAAGAAAACAACUCUGGUUUGACAAAUUCUUUCUGUUCUAAAAUUCCAAUUUACUUCAUUUUAUCAUAUGUGCCUUACUUCAAUAAAUUGAGUAUUCACGACAAUCAUUUGCUGAUCAUUAAUUUGAUCAAGAUGAACUCUUUAGUUAUUGUUGUUUCACUCCCAGCUAGUUUUGAUAUGAGUAGCUAAACUCUUUAAGUCCCGGAUUAUGAUGAAGUUGGUAUGAUUUAGUAUGAAUUGUGAUUUUAGUUAUGCCAAUUGAUUGAGUUUUAUCCAUUGUUCUUAUUCGCUUAAUUGAUUGUGUUAAUUUCUGGCCAACUUUAAUAUAAUUAAUUAAGUUGUUUGAGUGGAUUAAUAGAGUACAUGUCAUGCCUAUUAGUUCGAGCUCUUUUGGAUAAAAGAAUAGAUAAUUUAGCUGUCUUGUUAGGUUAUCUAUUUGGUUCUUAAAUCGGGUUUCCGUAGUUCUUUUGUGAUUAAUGGAUUUUAACUAUUGAAUUAAUAAUUUCUUGUUGAUUAAUAGUUAAAGUACAUGACUUAUUCUGGACGCCAUACGGAAUAGUCAUAUUUAUGCCUAGAACGAACCCUCAAUUUUAAUUGACUAACUAAAUCGCAAAUACUAAAGAUUAGUGACAGAUUCAUAAUCCUGGACUAUGUUUUUCUCUUGCUAAGUUCUCAAUCAAAUUCCCGUUAGUGGCCCAAUCAAUUUAUUUUUAAUCCUUUCAAUUCCUUGCAUCCAUUUAAUUCAAGCCUUACCUUUCAGUUUUAAAUCAAACAAACCCAAAACUCAUUUUUUUAGUUAGAUUUCACUUUUAUUUUUAUUAGUAGUUUUCCAAUUAUUUAGUUACAUUUUCCCCGUGGAUUCGACCCUUACUUGUGCACUAUACUACCGCGACUCGUGCACUUGCGAGGACUUACAAAUUGUCUAUCAAUUUUUGGCGCCGUUGCCGGGGAAUUUGUCUAACUAGUUUUUGGAAAAUUGUUAAUUUUGUGUUUUUAGUUAGUUGUGUUUGUUUUUCUUUUUUUCGUUUUUGUUGUUGUAUGCUUGGUCGCAGGUCACUCAAUCCAGGUUUGCUACCGCUGAACGACCAAGUAGAUUUAAUUGGAAAGAAGACAAAAAGGCGACUUGCAUUUGUUCCAAAUUCCACAAUGGGUGAUGCACAACUGAUGAAAGAGUUUGGGAGACCAACUGUAGGUGUCUCCCCGUCCUGCAUUGUAUUGAGUGAAGCUGCCAGAAAUUAUGACUUAAAGACUGUUCAUUACAACCAACUGCCAUCUUUCUAUGGCCUUGCUUCCGAGGAUGCACUGAUUUUUAUCCGAGAUUUCUAUGGUAUAAUUCAGAAUUUUCCAUUGCAAGGUGUGACUGAAGAUGAGCUGAAGAUGAGGUGUUUUCCCUACACUCUCAAAGAUGCCGCGAAGACAUGGUUUAUGUCUUUAACGCCUGGUUCCUUGCGCACAUGGGCUGAGGUCUAUAACAAGUUCAUUGGCAAGUACUAUUCUCAGUCCAAAACUUCAGAAUUAAGAAGAAAAAUUGCCAAUUUCACUCAAGCUGAAGGUGAGCCAUUCCAUGAGGCGUGGGAGAGGUUCAAGAUGCUGCUCACACAAUGCCCUCACCAUGGUUAUUCCUUGGCGCUCCAAAAUCAGACUUUCUAUGACGGUUUAACCCAAGGAAGCCAAGCAAUCGUUGACAACGCAGCUGGAGGAGCUAUGGGGGAGAAGACUGCUGAACAGACCCUAGAGUUAUAUGAGAUGCUUGGAGCUAAUUCCCAGCAGAAGAGCGUUCGUGGGAAGACUCAAGGGAUGUAUGAAGUUGGUGCGAGUACAGAACUGGCCAUCCAAAUAUCCGAGCUAUCCAAGCAAAUGAAGAAUAUGUGUUCUAUGAUGGCGAUGAAUCAAUCUGCCGCUGCAGUGAAUGAAAUGCCCGAGGCUAGUCUUGAACAAGCUAAUAUGAUGAAUUCAUACAAUCAGAGGUCAAGGAACGAUCCAUUCUCCAAUUCCUACAACCCCGGUUGGAGAAAUCAUCCAAACUUCUCAUGGUCUAACACGCAACAAGGGAACCAGCCACCUGUUGAACCAAAGAAGCCUUCUUUGGAAGAUACUUUGCAGAAUUUUAUGCAAAUCUGCAGCAACAACCAGCAAGUUAACGAGCAGCGUUUUCAGCGCACCGAUGCCUCUUUGAGGAAGCUAGAAGUACAGGUUGGGCAGAUUGCUGAAUCUCUUCAGGGACACGUGCAAGGGAAGCUACCGAGUCAAUCUGAAGAGGCCAAAGCUGUCACGGUUCUUAGAAGUGGGAAGGUAAUUCAGAAAAACGAAGAGCAGCCUGUUCCCAAGCUACCGAAGAAGGUAGAGGCUGAGAAGAAGCAAAAAGUAGAAGCUGAAAAGAAGAACGAAGUGGAGGCUGAUUCGGUGUAUGACGAGUCCGGGCUGCACAAAGCAAAAGAUCCGUAUAUUCCGCCUAAACCAUAUGUGCCACCGGCCCCUUUUCCAAACAGGUUAAAAAGUUCCAAGUUUGAUAAAUCUUUUGAUGAGAUUUAUGAUUUGCUGUCCAAAGUUAAUGUUAAUUUGCCUCUUCUUGAAAUGAUAACUAAUAUGCCUGCCUACGCUAAAUUUUUGAAAGAAUUAAACACUAGAAGGCGUAGGUAUGAGCCGAAUGAAAAGAUUUUUGUUUCUAAGGCUGUGAGUGCUGUUUUACAAAAGGACUUGCCCCCAAAAUUAGAAGACCCUGGCAGCUUUAUUAUAACCAUUAAUUUAGGGAAUUCUAGAUCAGAAAAAGCUAUGCUUGAUUUGGGGGCGAGUAUUAAUCUAAUGCCUUAUUCUGUUUACGUGAAAUUAGGGCUGAAUGAGCUAAAAACCACUACAAUGUCCCUGCAGCUUGCUGACCGCUCAAUUAGAUACCCUAGGGGCAUUGUAGAGGACGUUUUAGUUCAAGUUGAUAAGCUGAUUAUUCCCGCUGAUUUUGUGGUUUUAGAUAUGAGUGAUCAGUGCAAACAUGUGAAAGAUAUGCCAAUCUUACUUGGUAGACCUUUCAUGGCCACGGCUAAAACUAUGAUUGACGUUCAAAAUGGAAAAUUAACUAUGAGUGUGCUUGAUGAAACUGUUGAAUUUUCCAUUUUGAAGUCCAUGAAUAUGCCGGCUGAUUCUGAUUCAUGUUUUGCACUUGAUAUGCUUGAUUCUAUUGUUCCUUUGAGUAUGUUACAGGAAGAUGAGCUUGAGUUUGCUUUAACUCUUGAUGUGCAAGAGUUUGAUGAUGAAAAAGUGAGUGAGAUGAGGGAUAUUCUAGACAAAACUGAGCUGCAAAGUGAGGAAAUAAUGGCUGAUAGUGAGCUGAAAAAAAAUCAGCAUGCUGAAAAUCCACCUCAAGUGCAACUGAAACCCCUCCCCUCGAAUCUGAAAUAUGUGUUUUUAGGGUGUGAUAGUACUUUUCCUGUUAUUAUUGCAUCUGACUUGACACAGGAACAAGAAGAGCAAUUGCUUAAGGUGUUGAGGAAGUUUAAAGCUGCGUUUGGUUGGGCGAUUUCUGAUUUGAAAGGAAUUAGCCCAACAGUUUGCAUGCACAAAAUCUUGCUGGAAGAAGGUGCUACUCCAUGCAGACAACCUCAAUGGAGGCUGAAUCCAAACAUGAAAGAGGUAGUGCGUGUGGAAGUUCUAAAGUUGCUUGAUGCAGGUAUUAUCUUUCCUAUUUCUGACAGUAAAUGGGUUAGUCCUGUGCAAGUUGUUCCUAAGAAGUCUGGGAUUACUGUCGUGAGUAAUGAGAAAAAUGAGUUGGUACCCACACGAGUUACCACAGGGUGGCGAAUGUGUGUUGACUACAGAAAAUUAAAUGCAGCCACUAAAAAAGACCAUUUUCCUUUACCUUUUAUAGACCAAAUGUUAGAGCGCUUGGCUGGCCAUGCGUUCUAUUGCUUUCUUGACGGUUUUCAAGGUUACAAUCAGAUUCCGGUUGCUCCGGAAGACCAAGAAAAAACUACUUUUACAUGUCCAUUUGGCACUUUUGCCUUUCGUAGGAUGUCUUUUGGAUUGUGUAAUGCUCCUGGUACUUUUCAACGGUGUAUGAUGUCUAUUUUUUCUGAUAUGAUUGAAAAGUUUGUUGAAGUUUUUAUGGAUGAUUUUUCCUUGUUUGGUGAUUCUUUUGAUCAGUGUUUGCAUAAUCUGUCGCUAGUUCUUGAAAGAUGUGUUCAAAUGAAUUUGACUCUUAGUUGGGAAAAGUGCAAUUUUAUGGUUAAAGAAGGGAUCGUUUUGGGGCAUGUGAUUUCUAAUCGGGGGAUUGAAGUAGAUAGGGCUAAAAUUGAUGUGAUCGCUAAACUGCCACCCCCUACUUCCGUUAGAGGGGUUCGUAGUUUCCUUGGUCAUGCGGGCUUUUAUAGAAGGUUUAUUAAAGAUUUUUCUAAGAUUUGUAAACCUCUAUGUAAUCUGUUAGCUAAGGAUGCAACUUUCAGCUUUGAUGAUGAAUGUCUCGUUGCUUUUAAUGUGCUGAAAGAAAAAUUAACUUCUGCCCCAAUACUUGCUGCCCCGAACUGGUCAUAUCCGUUUGAGAUUAUGUGUGAUGCCUCCGAUUUUGCAAUUGGUGCUGUUUUGGGUCAAAGAAUUGACAAGCUGCCUUAUGUGAUUUAUUAUGCUAGUCGAACUUUAGAUGAUGCACAGAUUAACUACUCUACAACUGAAAAAGAAUUGUUAGCAGUUGUCUUUGCAUUAGAAAAGUUCAGGUCUUAUUUGAUUGGAUCUAAGGUGAUUGUCUAUUCUGACCAUGCUGCUUUGAAAUAUUUAUUGAUGAAAAAGGAUGCUAAACCUAGGUUGAUUAGGUGGAUUUUAUUGUUGCAAGAGUUUGAUUUGUCUAUCAGGGACAAGAAAGGAAGCGAGAACGUGGUGGCUGAUCAUUUAUCACGUCUCCCUGAUCAGAUUCGACAUUCUGGGAAGGAUCUGGAGAUACCUCUUAAUGACAGGUUUCCCGAUGAAGGUUUGUUUUCUGUGAUGAGUAAAGAGCCAUGGUAUGCUGAUCUUGUUAAUUAUUUAGUUACCGGUAAGUUUCAUCCUGAUUUAAAUUCACAGGGUAGAAAACAUUUUCUUUCCAAAGUGAAAUAUUAUUUCUGGGAUGAGCCUUACUUGUUUAAAAUCUGCCCCGAUCAGACCAUUAGGCGUUGCAUUCCUGAACAUGAACAAGAGAGUGUUUUGCAUCAUAGUCAUACUUUGAAUUGUGGUGGGCAUUUUAGUGGAAAAAAGACUGCAUUUAAGGUCUUGCAAUCUGGUUUUUAUUGGCCUACUCUCUUUAAAGAUGCAAUUUCUUUCUGUGCUAAAUGUGAUCGUUGUCAGAGAGUAGGGAAUAUUAGCAAACGUCAUGAGAUGCCUCUUACGAAUAAUCUGGUUGUUGACUUGUUUGACGUUUGGGGUAUUGAUUUUAUGGGGCCGUUUCCUACUUCUUUUGGGUUUAAUUAUAUUCUGGUUGCAGUUGAUUACGUGUCUAAAUGGAUUGAAGCUAUUGCCACUAGAACUAAUGAUAGUCGAGUGGUGCUGAAUUUUUUGAAAGAAGUGAUUUUUGCUAGGUUUGGGACACCGAGGGCUAUCAUUAGUGAUGGUGGCAGCCACUUUUGUAACAAGUUUUUUGCAGGAUUGCUGAAAAAGUAUGGUGUUACGCACCGGGUUGCAACACCUUACCAUCCACAGACUUCGGGGCAAGUUGAGGUGAGUAACAGGCAGAUUAAAGGUAUUCUGGAAAAAACUGUGAAUCCUUCACGUAAGGAUUGGACUAAUAGGCUGAACGAUGCACUGUGGGCUUACCGGACAGCCUACAAAACCCCAAUUGGAAUGAGCCCGUACAGGUUAGUUUUCGGUAAACCUUGUCAUUUGCCUGUAGAGUUGGAACACCGAGCCUACUGGGCUAUCAAGGCGCUGAAUUUUGAUCUUAAAGAAGCAGGUGAGUUGAGAAAACUGAAUUUGAAUGAGCUGGAUGAGAUUAGGAAUGAUGCGUAUGAGAGUGCGAAAAUUUAUAAAGAACACACUAAGCUUUUUCAUGAUAAAUCCAUUUUGAGGAGAGAUUUUAAACCUGGAAUGGAGGUGUUGUUAUAUGACUCUCGGUUGAGGCUUUUUCCAGGGAAGUUAAAAUCUAGGUGGACUGGACCGUUUUUGAUUCGCCAAGUUUUUCCCCAUGGUGCAAUUGAACUUGAAAAUCCAAAAUCGGGGAAUAUAUUUAAGGUGAACGGUCACCGAGUAAAAAAAUAUUUGAGAAGUGAAGAUGUAGUCGAGCAGGUUGAGUGUCUUGAGCUUCAGGAAUACCGUUGCUCAUGUUGUGUCUAGUCACAGUUUCCAAAAAAAAAAAACAAAAAAAAAAAAUUAAAAAAAAAAACAAAAAAAAAAAACAAAACUCAUUAAAAAACAAAAACUUUUAUGUUGUUUCCCUCUUCUCCAUUCUUUUCUUUUCUUUCUUUGUUUCUUAGUUUUGCAGGUUAUUUAUCAACAUGUUUCAGUUUUGGCUUGAAGUACAUUCAGGGAGUAUUUCUUCUCCUUUCUCUUUGUAUAUUAAUCCUUCAUUGAGGACAAUGCGUGAGAUAGGUGUGGGGGAGGAGUAACUCUCAGUUUUUAGUUCUGUUUUAGUUUUAAAAAAAAAGCAGAAAACUGCUUUAAUUAAAAAAAACUGUUUUUCUUGCUUGGAGUUGAGGAAAAUUUAAUUUCAGGAUUACUUUUUUUUGGCUUCAAGUUGUGAAAAGUUUUCCUUUCAUUGGUAUGUGGUAUGAUUGGUGGUCUCCAUAUAGGUAUUCUCUUGAAUUUGAUUGAGUCCUUCACAUUGUUUUACUUUGAGUCAAUUUCUUAGCUUCUUGUGUCAUUAACAGAGAUGUAUUUUUCAAUUCUUUAUGACCUCUUAGGAUGUAUCUCUAACGUUCUUGGAAAGAGUGUGAGUCCUAUGUCUUUUAGCCAGCAUGAUAGAACUUGUCUUGUUGUUCUUUUUGGAAGCUAUGUUAUGGUACAAACUGAUUGAGAUGUGAUAUAGGCCAUUUUUCAUACCCCAAACCUUUUAGCCUACCCUUUUUAUUUUAUUUCCGCUUGCUACCCCUUUGAGCCUAAUAUGUCUCAAAGCAUUCUAUCGUGCUUUUGACUAAUGAUUUCUUUGUAAUUACCCAUCAAUGUUGACCCCGAGCCCAAAUAGCCAAAAAAAAAAAAAAAAAAAAAUUAUCCCUUACCCUUGAGUUGACAUUUUCUUACUUAAACUGUGUCUUAGAAGAGUUUAUCUUUUUGGAGCAUUUUUCUUUUUUAUUCCCGGCAUUUUGUAUAGAUUCAAUGUUGUUAGUGCUGAUUCUUGUGAGCAGUCAGUGGAUUGAAGGUUUGAAAAGUUCAAAAAAAAAAAAGCAGAAAAGCCAAAAAAAAAAAAAGAUGAAAAGUUGAAAAGUGAAAAAGUGAAGAAGACAGAAGUGAGUUGAAGUUGUAUUCUUUGAGCUUCGUAUUUGCAUCUCUUUAUCUAAGACGCCGGUUGAUUGUGUAGUAGUUUUGUUGCUCCCUUUGUCAUUUAUUGAACUCUUCCUAGGAUCAGUUUGGUAUAGAAGAUGUCUCCUCCUUUGUUUGAAGUCUCAUAACCUCUCUUUCAUUAGCCCAUUACCCAUGGCCACGUUACAUCCCAAAUAAAAGUCCUAAGUGAUCUUGAUCAAGUUUGUGCUUGAUAAGGUGAAAGGAAGAGCAUGAGAUGACUAUAGAGUGUUGACUGAAUGACUUGGGACUUUGCAUAAUUUUUGUGAAAGUUACUUGAGUAUCUCAUUAGGUCAUUUAGAAUUGUAAGAUACAUCUCUAUUAAUGACAUGUGAAUCUCGGUGAUUGACUUUUGAGUGUAACAUUGUGGUGGAUACUUGAUUCAAAUUUCUUGAGUUAUUUUGUCAUGGAGGAGUUUGUUGGAAUGCUUGGUGAGUGAAAGGGAACUUUGAACAUUUGAUGCUGAUUUAGUUUCUUGAUAUUAAUUUUCCUUGAGGACAAGUAAAAUGCAAGUGUGGGGGAGUUUGAUAAGUUAGAAUUUGUGAUUAAUUUUUAUCACAAUUCUAUACUUAUUAUUUGCCUAAUUAAGAGGUUUGUGUUUUAUUUUGUGUUAAAAAUGAUUUUUAAAGUGUAGGGGUUUUAAUGGAAGGAUUUGAGGAUUCUUUGGGCUGAAUUGAAAAGAAUAGUGCCAUUUUAAGUGGAGUGUAAAUCCUGGGGCUAUCUGAAAGUUUGAUAAAUAAUUGGGCUUAUCACCCACCCAUACGUAAGAAAGAAAAGCAGGGGCUGGGGCUGAACUUUUGAAAAGGGCUCAUUAACUUACUGUACCAGAAAAAGAAAAAAGAAGGGAGUCCAUUAACAGGAGGAUACGGGGAGAGUUCUAGGCUCAUCAGUCAAAAAAACGGUUCCAGAUCUUACGGACGACGGGAGGAAGACUCGGAAUCAAGGAGGAAAAUAAUAAGUCUCAUCGGCUGGAACGGCACCGAAAACUCAGGACUUAGAGCGCUUGAAACGGCUCUAAUCCUUCCAUAUAAAGAAGGCAGCAGCAAGAGUUUUUUUUGGAGGCGAUUUUUGGAGAAUUGGGCUGGCGUUUGGAGGAAAAGGUGAGCUGCUAAUUUCAGUCUCAGCAGCAGCUUUAAGGAGGACGCACAAUUCUCCAAACCGGUGUGUUAGAAGCAAAGCACAACGACAUGCUUUCUUCCUGGUGAAAGUUAGCAAUUUAGUUCAGAAAGAAAACAACUCUGGUUUGACAAAUUCUUUCUGUUCUAAAAUUCCAAUUUACUUCAUUUUAUCAUAUGUGCCUUACUUCAAUAAAUUGAGUAUUCACGACAAUCAUUUGCUGAUCAUUAAUUUGAUCAAGAUGAACUCUUUAGUUAUUGUUGUUUCACUCCCAGCUAGUUUUGAUAUGAGUAGCUAAACUCUUUAAGUCCCGGAUUAUGAUGAAGUUGGUAUGAUUUAGUAUGAAUUGUGAUUUUAGUUAUGCCAAUUGAUUGAGUUUUAUCCAUUGUUCUUAUUCGCUUAAUUGAUUGUGUUAAUUUCUGGCCAACUUUAAUAUAAUUAAUUAAGUUGUUUGAGUGGAUUAAUAGAGUACAUGUCAUGCCUAUUAGUUCGAGCUCUUUUGGAUAAAAGAAUAGAUAAUUUAGCUGUCUUGUUAGGUUAUCUAUUUGGUUCUUAAAUCGGGUUUCCGUAGUUCUUUUGUGAUUAAUGGAUUUUAACUAUUGAAUUAAUAAUUUCUUGUUGAUUAAUAGUUAAAGUACAUGACUUAUUCUGGACGCCAUACGGAAUAGUCAUAUUUAUGCCUAGAACGAACCCUCAAUUUUAAUUGACUAACUAAAUCGCAAAUACUAAAGAUUAGUGACAGAUUCAUAAUCCUGGACUAUGUUUUUCUCUUGCUAAGUUCUCAAUCAAAUUCCCGUUAGUGGCCCAAUCAAUUUAUUUUUAAUCCUUUCAAUUCCUUGCAUCCAUUUAAUUCAAGCCUUACCUUUCAGUUUUAAAUCAAACAAACCCAAAACUCAUUUUUUUAGUUAGAUUUCACUUUUAUUUUUAUUAGUAGUUUUCCAAUUAUUUAGUUACAUUUUCCCCGUGGAUUCGACCCUUACUUGUGCACUAUACUACCGCGACUCGUGCACUUGCGAGGACUUACAAAUUGUCUAUCAAUAGGUCACUGGAUGGCGGGUCAAUGGCGAAGGCGUCGGUGACAUGUAAAUGUCACUAGCGAAUUGAUAGUGACUUGCUGGAGCGGUAGUAACUGGGACGGUGAUCACUGGAACAGUAAUUACUGGGACGAUAGUCACUGGAACAGUAGUAACUGAGACCGUCAUCACUAGAGCGGUGGUAACUGGAACGGGCUAAUCACUGGGAUUGUAGGCCAUCGGGAAAAAAAUGGAUAAAUAAAAGUAGUUGAGUUGAGUAACUGUAACUGGUAAAAUUGGAUAAUGGUAAAAUUGGAUAAAUAAAAGUAGUAGAGUUGAGUAAUUGUGAUUGGCUAGUUCACGUGACUAACGAGAAGGGUGGAUAUUGGUCAAUAGACAAACGGAUGAUUGGUACUAAUCGGGCGGAAUCAAUGUGUUAUUGGGUGAAAUUUUUGGUAACUAAUGAUUCUUGGUCACUAAUGAUUUUCUGUCACUGGUGCAUUUUGGUUUUUUAGUCACUAACGAUUUUGGUCACUGGUGAAUUUUGGAUUUUUUAGUCACUAACGAUUUUUGGUCACUGGUGAAUUUUGGAUUUUUAGUCACU